AUGGAAUCAAUUACUCGAGUCUCCAUGUCCGUUUGUCCAUUUGUGAAGUCUUCAUCGGCUCAAGCAUUAAGGCAAUUAAGCAAAAAGUCAGGUUUGGCUAGUCAAGCUCGCCAGUGCCCAUUUAUGGGUGCUGCUUUGAAUGCUAAAGAAUCGACCAGGUCAUAUUCAUCAGCUACCAAGCCGGUUAGAGCUACUGCUUCUUCGAUUUCUUCGAACCAUCCUUCUGAGGUGCAAUCCAAGUACUCAUUUAAGGCAGAGGAACUCGUUGGAAAUAAAGAUGCAGUUAAUGUCGAGUCGAAUGAACGUGCUUUUGACUUUAAAGGUUACUUAAACUCCGAAUUGAACAAAAAGAGAACUGAUAAGUCGUACCGUUACUUUAACAACAUCAACCGUUUAGCCCAGGAAUUUCCUAAAGCCCAUCGUUCGAGCGAGAGUGACAAAGUUACAGUCUGGUGCUCUAACGAUUAUCUUGGUAUGGGUAAAAAUGAGAAUACGCUUAAUGAAAUGAAGCGAGUCUUAACGAAGUAUGGCUCAGGCGCGGGUGGUACCAGAAACAUUGCUGGACAUAACAUCCAUGCUCUUAAAUUAGAAGCAGAGUUGGCUACUUUGCACAAGCAUGAAGCUGCGUUAGUUUUUUCGUCUUGUUUUGUUGCUAACGAUGCAGUUUUAUCGUUAUUUGGUCAAAAGAUCAAAGACUUAGUCAUCUUUUCAGAUGAAUUGAAUCAUGCUUCUAUGAUUCAAGGAAUUAAAAAUUCAAGAGCUAAAAAGCAUGUCUUCAAGCAUAACAAUUUGGCUGAUUUGGAAGAAAAAUUAGCUCAAUAUCCGAAAUCAACUCCAAAAUUGAUUGCAUUUGAAUCCGUUUAUUCUAUGUGUGGUUCUAUUGCACCUAUUGAAGCCAUUUGUGAUUUAGCUGAAAAAUAUGGUGCCUUAACUUUCCUUGAUGAAGUUCAUGCAGUCGGUAUGUAUGGUCCUCACGGUGCUGGUGUUGCUGAACACUUAAAUUUUGAUGCUCACUUGAAAUCAGGUAUUGCUUCACCUGAAACUCAAACAGUCAUGAGUAGAGUAGAUAUGGUUACAGGUACUUUAGGUAAAGCAUACGGUACUGUUGGAGGUUACAUCACCGGUAAGGCUAACUUAAUUGAUUGGUUUAGAUCUUUUGCUCCAGGUUUCAUCUUUACUACCAGUUUGCCUCCAGCAGUUAUGGCUGGAUCAAGUGCUUCUAUUCGUUACCAAAGAUCAACUUUGCAAGACCGUAUUGCCCAACAAAUCAAUACCAGAUAUGUCAAGAACAAUUUGAACGAUCUUGGUAUUCCAGUUAUUCCAAACCCAUCGCAUAUCGUACCAGUAUUAGUUGGUAACGCAGCUGAUGCUAAAAAGGCUUCUGAUUUAUUAUUAGAUAAGCACAACAUUUACGUUCAAGCUAUCAACUUCCCAACUGUUCCAAUCGGUGAAGAAAGAUUGAGAAUUACCCCUACCCCAGGCCAUGGCGCUGAACUUUCAAAUCAAUUGAUUGGUGCUAUUGAUUCGGUUUUCAAUGAAUUGAAUUUACCAAGAAUCAACAAUUGGGAAGCUAAGGGUG